AUGCCUCGGUUUUCUCGUACAGGUGAUUUGAUUUUUGACCCUGAAGUAGAGAAGACUGCGCGUAAGACAAGAAAAGAGACCAGACAGCUCAGAGAGGAGCACUCCAGUGCUACAUCUCAGAGAUCUGAGUCAGAAGUUGGACCAACAGAUUCAUUUGGUGACACUUCGAGUGACUCGAAGCAAGAAGAAAUCCCCAUGGCUAAUGCACGAAUAUUAAAGGAGUUGGCUGCUCCUGAUUUAAAUCAGCAGCCUUUAUGCAUUACUUUCCACACUUUAAAUGAUAACACUCCAUUUGAGUUAAAAUCUGGUCUGAUUCAUCUUUUACCCUCUUUUCAUGGUUUACCAGGUGAAGAGCCGUAUAAGCAUCUGCAGGAGUUUGAUGUCGUGUGCAAUAGUAACAUCACCACGUGGGACCAGUUGAAGAAAAAAUUCUUAGAUAAAUAUUUUCCCGCGUCCAGGGCUGCAAGUCUGAGGAAAGAAAUUUGCGGGAUCAAGCAGCACCCAGGGGAGUCACUCUAUGAGUAUUGGGAACCGUUCAAGAAGUUGUGCGGCAAGUGCCCCCAACACCAAAUAAGUGAGCAGCUGCUCAUACAGUAUUUUUAUGAGGGGCUCCUUUUUAGAGACAGGAGCAUAAUUGAUACUGCAAGUGGAGGGGCACUGGUGAACAAAACCCCUCGGGAAGCAAGAGAGCUAAUAGAAGGGAUGGCAGAGAAUUCACAACAGUUCGGUACGAGGGAGGAUGUCCCAGUACGUAAGGUGAAUGAGGUAGAGACAUCCUCUAUCCAGCAGCAGCUAACUCAGUUGACCUCGUUUGUUAGGCAACUGGCUGUAGGAAAUGCAUCUCAGGCCAAGGUGUGUGGUAUUUGCACUGGUAUGGGUCACUCUGCAGACAUGUGCCCAAUGAUUCAGGAAGAAACUGCAGAACAUGUGAACAUGGCUGACCACGCGCCCACGCCAAGAAAGCAGUGCGACCCUUACUCAAGCACCUACAAUCCCGGGUGGAGAGAUCAUCCCAACCUCAGUUAUGGAGGAAAUAGGCAGCCCAACUUUGCACCGAACAGACAGUCUAAUUUUGUGCCAAAUAAGCAACCAGGGUACCAGCAGCAAUACCAACCCCGACCACCUCCGCCCCUAAACUCUGGUCCAUCUUUGGAGGAGAUGAUGAAACAAAUGAUGGCAACCAUUACGCAAAAUCAGCAAAGGACGGAUGCAACAAUUAUGCAAAAUCAGCAAAGGAUGGACUCCGAAAUGCAGGACAUAAGGAAUCAGAUAAGUCAAAUGGCUACUACCAUCAACCGUUUGGAUUCCCAGAACCAAGGUAAAUUACCGUCUCAGCCUGAAUUAAAUCCGAAGAACGUGAGCGCAAUGACCCUAAGGAGCGGAAAGGAAAUUCAGGGGCCCGAGCCUGUGACUCCUAAGGACAAGGACGAGGAACGAAUCGAGAAAGAGUUGGAAGAGGAGGGCGGAGACACCAAAAAUCCAAAGGUAAUCUCGGAUCCAAUCAUUGCAGUUAGGACUAAUCCACCUCCCUUUCCUAGCAGGUUAGAAAAAUCAAAGAAGCAGAACAAGGAGAAAGAAGUCCUAGAGAUCUUUCGCAAGGUGGAGAUCAACAUUCCCCUUCUAGAUGCAAUUAAGCAGGUACCCAGAUACGCAAAAUUUUUGAGAGACUUGUGUGUCAACCAAAGGCGGUUGAAGGGAGAUGAGAGAGUGGUAGUGGGGGAAAAUGUGUCAGCAAUCCUGCAACGAAAGCUUCCACCGAAAUGCGGGGACCCAAGUAUGUUCACUAUUCCUUGUAGAAUAGGCAAUACCUUGAUUGGAAAGGCUAUGUUAGAUUUAGGAGCCUCAAUUAUUGUCAUACCGAAAUCUAUAUAUGCUUCUCUGAAAUUAGGACCUCUGAAAGACACUGGAAUAAUCAUCCAACUGGCUGACCGAACCAAUGCAUACCCUGACGGAUUGAUUGAGGAUGUUUUAGUGAAAAUUAAUGAAUUGGUUUUUCCUGCUGAUUUUUACGUGCUUGAUAUGGAUGAUGAACACUCUCACGACCCAUCACCUUUACUGUUAGGAAGACCCUUCUUGAGCACAGCUCGAACUAAAAUUGAUGUAAAUAAGGGCACCCUAUUUAUGGAAUUUGAUGGUGAGAUUGUUCAUUUUAAUAUUUUCGAGUUCAUGAAAUAUCCUUCAGAAUCACAUGCUGGCUCUGUUUUCUCUAUAAAUGUUAUUGACCCUGCUGUACGAGAAGUUUUUGAAAUUGAAAGUAGGGAUGAGUUGAAAAUCGCCUUGACCAGGCACUUCGAGUCAGAGAUGGCGUCUGGAGUAGAGUUGAGUGAAGAGCUCAAAAUGUGUGAUUGGAGCGUUGCAAACGUUGCCAACCACAAAAAUAAGGUAUGGUCUCGCACCCGUAUUUACGCCUGA